GUGGAUACAGCCCCCGGAAGCUGGUAAGGAGCUGUACUGUGCCCUCUGCAGCCUGGAGGUGAAACUGCAGUUUUGAUCUCUGACCUGAAUUUAACGUCAUGGCAAUUACAUAAAAUCUUUGUCGGGUUCUUGAACUGUACUGGUCAUCGAAAUCCCCGAUCGGCAGUGCUGGAUUAUGGGGGACGCGGCGGUAGCGAAGCGUCGGGAGCAGCUGACGCGUUGGUCGGGCUCCAGCACGGACAGAGAGCCGGCGGUGCCUCGGAGUCGCUGGAGAGGAGAGACGAGCACCGGAGCUUCUGAUGGAGGCAGAACAGACACCAAUGAGCAGCAGAAAAAAAACAGGUGGCGAGUGAGAUUUGAGAAGACUGCGGAGUUCCUAGCAGUGUGUGCUAGUGGUGACACCGAGGAGGCGAAGGAGAUGCUGAGAGAAGCAAGAGGGCAGAAUGGAGAGGAUGAUAUGGUUAACUGUGCCAAUGCUGAUGGAAUAACAGCUUUACACCAGGCUUGUAUCGAUGGCAGUAUGGAGAUGGUGGAAUUUCUUCUGUCUCGGGGUGCCAAUGUUAAUCAGGUGGACAGUGAGGGUUGGACCCCUCUACAUGUGGCUGCAUCAUGUGGAAACCUGGAGAUAACGGAAUUUCUGCUCCGGCAUGGUGCAUCUCUCUGCUCUGUGAACUGUGAUGGUGAUGUGCCAAUGGACAUUGCAGAGGAUGAGGCCACAGAGACACUGCUGCAAGAACACACAUUGACACAGGAUGUGGAAGUAGCUAAGCGGGCAGAAGAGGAGUGGAUCAUGCGUGAUGCCCGCCACUGGCUCACAAACGGGCUGCCUGCUAAUCUUUGCCACCCCCGGACUGGUGCUACUCCGUUACACGUAGCAGCAGCUAAAGGAUAUUUGGAGGCCAUUAAAUUGUUGUGUCAGUGUGGUCUUGAUGUGAGUGCUAAAGACUAUGAUGGCUGGACUCCUCUCCAUGCUGCAGCUCAUUGGGGUCAAAGUGAAGCCUGCCGUCUACUUGCUGAGCAACUGUGUGACAUGGAGGCCCAUAGUAAUGGGGGUCAGACUCCAUUUGAUGUGGCGGAUGAGAGUGUUGCGUCUUUACUGGAAGAACUGUCUCAAAGACAGGCUAAUUGGAGGACUGAACAGGCACUUAUUGAUCAACAAAAUUCACAGAUCUCAAAUGCCAACACUGCAAACAAGAAACGCAGGAGCUCUGUGUGCCGAAUGAGCAGCAAGGACAAAAUAAAUGUACAGGACCAGUCUAAAGAACGAGGGGUCUCAGGAGGCCUGGGAAUCAACGAUGAGAGAGAAAGCAGCCCAGAAAGUUCAACAGUGUCGACACCAGAAAGCAUUGUUCCCUCUUCAGGGACCAUUGAGGAUAAAGAAGUCAAGGUGAAUGAUCAGGACAGAGCGAGUCGCACAGCAGUUGUGCAGCCCACCCCUCAAAGACGAGAGUCACCUGCUGAGAGCCCCAGUAGUGCCUCUGGUGAUGGAAGGAAGUUUCAGGCUCCAGUGAGAGACGAGGAGUCAGAGUUUCAGAGGAAAGCUCGCUCGCGUCUCAUGCGGCAGUCACGCCGAUCAACACAGGGAGUAACACUGACAGAUCUUAAGGAAGCAGAACGGAUUAUUGUUAAGAGCAAUGAACCUCAGCACCUCAGUGUUCAGCCUGUGAGCCCCAACAUCACAAUAACACCAGCUGAGAGAGACACAGAGCCAGUGAAGGAAUCGGGAGAUGCAGAGACAAGACUAGGAGUGAGAGAUCGCAGGAAAGGGAGGAAAGAGAGACGCUCAACUGGUAUCGUUCAGCUGGCUGGAGAGACGGAUGAUAUGGAUGCAAAUGAAGAUGCUGAACAAGACAACAGAAUAAGUGAUCCUCAGUUAGACGAUUCCAGACACUCCUCUCUGGAUUUUAGAAAGUUGUAUGUGCAGGUGUUGCAAGAGAAUGGAGAUCUAAAAGAGAAGCUUCAAGAAACUCAACUGCAGUUAAAUGAGAGUAAAGUUCAGCUGGAGAAACUCAAACAGAAUCAAGAGAAUGGAUCAGACAGACCAGCCCUGCUGGAGCUGGAGAGAUUUGAAAAGAAACUUCUUCAGCGGAGAGCGUCUGAGUUAGAAGAUGAACUCAAAGUGCUUGUGGAUUUGCGUGCUGACAACCAGAGACUGAAAGAUGAAAAUGCAGCUCUCAUUCGUGUCAUCAGUAAGCUGUCUAAAUGAAUCUUUGGGUCCUUUGGAUUUUUUUCCUGAAUUCAUUGGGAAAGUUGCUGUCCCAUUGUCUGCCCAAAGAACUGCACAGCAUGUUUCUUUCCCUCUCUCAUCUCUGGGACAUAUGCCUCAUGCCUGGGGUGGUUAGACUACUGUUCUUUAAAUGGAUAUGUACAUAUGUAAGGCCUUGUUUAGCUGCCACUCUAGACUCAUCAAAACUGGAAUUUUCAGUGACACAACUCAAGUCCAUCUGCUGUUCAGCUGCUCUAGAUUAUGGUGUUCAGCUCUGAUUCAGGGUGCUCUUGUAACAUUUGUAAUGUUAUUGAUUUCUUUUGUGCAGUGUGCUUACUGCUUUUUUAUUAAUAGCACAGAUAAGGCUUAUAGCUUUAAUGUUCCUUAAAAUUCUGCAGACUAGCCAUCGCACUUAGUUAAUGCCCUUAUUGUGCCCUACACUGCACUGCACUGAUGAGAAUUUUGAGUAAUUUGAAGUUUCAGUUCAGGUUUAUUGUUCAGUUUCACUUAGAGACCAUUGUAAUCUUUGCCUUUCAGCAGGUACCUCUAGAAACCUGCAAAAAUAGAUAAAUUAAGAUUUUAUGAUAUAUAGAAUAUUGUUCGUUAAUAACAAAAAUGAUAUAUUACAGAUCAUAGAACUGCAAUGUUAACAGAACAGGUUAAUGUACGUUGAAAUAGAAAUGAAGUUUUAAUAUAUUUUCAUAUACAUUCGUAUUUGAAUGUACACUCUAAAAAAUGCUGGGUUAAAUACAACCCAGCGCUGGGUGAAAUAUGGACAAACCCAGCGACUGGGUUGUUUUCAACCAACAGUCAGGUUAAAUUUUUAACCCAACAUUCAACCGCUGGGUCAAAAUAACCCAAUCGCCGAGUUUGUCCAUAUAUUACCCAGCGCUGGGUUGCAUUUAACCCAGCAUUUUUUAAGAGUGUACAUAAACCACUGAUCUGUUAAGAAGUAUCUAAUAUUUGUUAAAGGCUUAUUACUGAAAUUGCAGUGUUACCAGAUUUAAAUGUUUAAACUGUGCUUUUUAAUGGGCAAUGCCAUCAUCAUUUUAGCUUAAAAAAUAAUUUUAAUAUUUCUUGAAAUGGUAAGCAAAAAAGAAAGACAAAAUGUGCCAAACAGUAAAAGCAUGCUCAGGGGUCUCUUAGUGAGACAGUAGAAGGUCUUGGAGUAGUGUCUUCUUCUCAGUAUGUAUCUCGAUUAACACUGUACUUUAGCUGACUACUGUUCUUUGGACCAAACAGGCAUUAGUAUGGAUCUAUUUCUCUAUUAUUGCAUAUUUAUGAAUAUAUUAUAAAUGGUGAAUUUUGAUGCUGUUGUGUUCUGCCAGUGGUGUAAUCAUUUUUUAUUAGGAAGAGACACACAAGUGUUUUGUACUGUGACUAUGAGUUUUGUCCUAAACCAAACUGGCGCCAUAGGUCAAAGAUUUUAAAGGUUUACCACUGUUUAUUUGUUUUUGUUUUUUCCUAAAAUUAUUGCUUUCAGGACUUAGGCAUUUGUUCAUCCAGCAAGUGUAUUUUGCCAAAAAUGUGCCUUUCUAUAUAUAUUUAUAUAUAUAGAUAGAAUAUAUCUCUGUUGCUUUGUUAAAAAUGUUGGAGUCAGUUAUUCUCUCUGGCCAAUAAAGAUCAGUGCAAAUGGUUGGGUAACAACCAUUAAAAGCAAUCUGUGCACAAGUGCUUUUAUCUCUUGCAUAAAUAAAUAAUGGCUUGCUAGAUAUAAUUAUUUUCAGAGGUCUGAGUUCCCAUUAGUUGCAGUGGUCGGUAAAUUAAGUGAAAUAUAAGUAGUAGACAAAUGUGGGGUUAUUUGCGAAAGAUAAAGAGUGUAAUUCAUUAAAUUUCCUCCUGGGAAACAUCACAGGACAAGUUUAUACCAGUCUUAACUGAGUCCUAUUACAAACUUAAAAUAUGGCUAAUGGUGUUCUUCUGGUUUAUAUUUGUAUCUUGAAUGUGAAAGAUAUUUUUAUUGUAAAGAAAUGAGUGGUUAAAUGAAAUAAUACAUUCUGAAGACAUUUCACCUGUCCUCCAGUUAAACUAUGACAUGGUAAUCUACACACAUUAUUAGUGGAUGUACUUAUAGGCUCUAUUACUUUUAAAAUGAUAUGGACUGACUGAACUGAACAGACAAUGAUUUGUAUACACGCAUUAGCUCAUUUUAAAUAUUUAUUUUCCACAUUUACUAUAAAGACUGUAAACUGUAAAUGUUAUAUUAAUAUAGAAAUAUUUUAAAUGACAAUUUUUCACUUUUUAGGUUACACUUUGCAUAGUGUAUCCCAGCCAUGGUUCUGGAGUACCCUUGACAGUACACAUUUUGGGUCCAUUCCAAUCGGAAGUGAGCAUUAGUUAGUAUGCCCUACUCACUUCAAAAGUCAGAGCCCAUGGAGUUGGAACUCUUGAGAGAAGGCGGCAAUUGUGUCUCAUUAUGUGACGUGUUGACCACAUCGUUUAGUUGUCUCACCUGUUAGAAUGUCAUUAUGAAUAUAGUGCAGUGUCAAUUCCUUAGGCCAGGAAUUUCUUAUUUCUGUUAAUGUUGUUGCAAAUAAAUAUUUUGCAAUAAAGUUUUUAAAUAUUG